CUUUGAGGCCAGGCAGCUGUGUGGGGCACCGGGUUUGGAUCCUGCUGGCCAUGACCCACCUCACCCUGGACUUCUCAGUGUGUAGCCCUCUCAGCCAGGGUCUGGGGAUCAAACUCACACCCAAAUCGGUGCCUCGCUCAAGGCCUCGCUUGCAGCCCCUCUGGGACACACCCAAUAAGCUUCACUGGAGAACAGUGAGUCCAUUGGCCCACCGGCUCUUCAACCCUAUCCCUCCACUCAAAGACAACAGGGCAGGGAUUGGGCCAAAAGUCAAGGGUCAACAACAUCGGAAACCGACACAUAAAGGAAAAGAAGCAUGUAAGGAUUGCCAGUUGAGAUAUUCUCAAAUGCAGACAGGUGGUCCUUCAGCUGUUAUAGCAGAAGCUCCAGCAGCUUUAUCCAGUGGGAACAGAGGAGACACAAUGAGGUUGUUACUAAGAGCCAGAAGGCAGCUGAAAUGGGACAGCUUUGACAAGUCUCAGGAGGGCCGGACUACCACGGUGGCCGGAUUUAUCGACUGGGGACCAACAGGUACAGAUAGCAUAGAUGGCGAUGACAAACCAGAGCCGAAUGUAACGCUGUUCGCCAGGGUCUCAUCUACCACAGUGGCCACAACCACUAGUACGACAACCAGGCCCCCCCAAAGGACGUUCACUGUAGUUACUACACAAGAGCCCAAGAGGCCAAGCCCCACCAAGACCCCUAUCAGCUCGGGGACUGUCAAACCAUCAAAGCCAUAUGGGGACACACCAGGUUUGGCAGUUCACCAGAUAAUCACAAUCACUGUGUCUCUCAUUAUGGUUAUCGCAGCCUUGAUCACAACACUCGUCCUUAAAAACUGCUGUGCACAGUCGGGAAAUGGUCGCCACAAUAGCCAUCAGCGCAAGAUCCACCAGCAGGAGGAGAGUUGCCAAAAUCUGACAGACUUCACACCGGCCCGGGUGCCCAGCAAGGUGGACAUAUUCACUGCCUACAAUGACAGCCUGCAGUGCUCACAUGAGUGCGUUCGGACUGCCGUGCCCAUCUACACUGAUGAGAUGAUUCAGCAGACGCCUGUCUACAAGAGUGCAUACAACGGAAACAGGCCCUCCCCCACCGAACGUCAGCUGAUUCCUGUGGCCUUCGUGUCGGAGAAAUGGUUCGAGAUCUCCUGUUGACGAGCCGAAAGGCCUUGUUCUUUUCGUGUGGGCGGAAGAGACUCCCUGAAAGCACGCUCUGGAUCCAGCUGGAAAUGAGAAACACAACAACAGCUUCUUUUGUAAAGUAGUGUAAUCACUCUUUGGACACUGGUGAAGAUAUUUAUUUUUCUAGAGAUGACAAGCGGAGCAGCUACAAAGCUGCCUCUCCAUAUUUCCAGGAACGUGCAGUCAUUUAGAUAUAAAUUACAUGUAGGUAUAUUUACAGGACAUUUGGGACGAGACUGUGGUCUUCACAGAUGUCUCAAGAAAAAAAAAAAACACUGGACAUUUGGAAAAGGAACUUAAGGAGCUGCUGCGGCUGGAAGACAGUAUUUAUGAACAAUGUGCCAAUAAUGCCACUAUGUGCCACAACCUGGAUAGACGGACAUUUCAACAACUGAAGGACUAAACAAAGAACGCUAUAUUAACCCUGUAAUGACUCCAACUGCAUUGUUUUCUUUUUUGUUUGGUCCCUUUUUUUAAACAGAUGUGACAGUUUAAAAAAAAUGCUUCAAGAUGUAUUUGAAUUUGUUUUGAGAUAGUUUUAAGAAUUGUGUUGCAAAAGAGUCUUAAAGAUAUUUAUACAAAGCACUAUUCUAUUAGUUGGAGGGAAGAGAGAAGGUGGAAAAAACAGAAACGGUAUAUGCUUUAUCUAACAGUUGAUUUUCAAACAUCGUUUCUACAGGUCCCAUUUUAGGAACAAAAAUUGUUAUGUCUAUUUUUUUACACAGUAGAGUCUGCCACAGCCCUAACAGUGGAGGUCUGAAGCACUUGGUACUCCACACUGUUAAUUAAAUAACCCCCCCACCUACCCAUUCACCCCCACAGCUUAGAUUAUAACAAAAAAAAUCAUCUGAAUACACCUGGUGCGAAAACAACGUCUGCUCCAACCGCUCAUUGUGUACGCUCCAAACCUGAUUUGGGUUUUAUAGAAAAACACACAAAAGCUUUCUGUGGCGCAGGCUCAUAGCUUCAAUGAAUCCCAAUGCAGCACAUUCAUGUACAGGAUGAGUAAGGACACGGCCGCAAAACACACUGCACGGAGCUGGACAGGACACACAUACUGCCUCAGGUCUGUCUAGCUCUUUUGCACCGUAUGUGUUGGUCUUAGCCUCGGCAGCUGUUUGGGAUGAAUUCUAAUGACUUUUUAUGAUUCAUAUCUGAGCUGCGACGCUAAAAAAGGGCGGAAUAGAUUCAAUUUGAGCUCCACAUUCAUGUGAUAAUUUGCAUAAAUAGGAAAGAGAUUGAAAAAACUAAUCCCUUCACAGAUAGUACAUUAAUAUCUCUCCUCCCAACUUCCAGAUUAGUUCAAAUUAUUUUUGAAACCUCAAAGUCUGAUUUACGGUGAGAAAGUCAUAAAGAACAUGAACCAAUUUGUCGAAGAUGGAGCAUAAAAUUAUCUCCAGUUUUUCAGCUGAUGCCGAAGAGAAGGAAGCUGUGACAGAGGUGCUGCAGAAAGGGGCUCCCAUCUGGAUUUAAAGGGAUCUGCAUCAAGUGUUUUAAACACAGGCUGCAGGCAGGAAGGAAUUCCCUCACUGAGUGUGUAGUUAAAGGUUAGUGAGCUCUAUUCUGAGCCCAGAUCCUCUCAAUAAUUGAGGACAACAUUUCUAGCAUAUCAGAAUUUCUGCUAACACAGCCAGUGCACAAAUUAGUGCGCAAGGGAGCAGAGGGAAAGUACAAAAAUUAAAAACAACUCUGUCAGUGCAUCAUGGAAGCACGAGGAUUAUGACGAGCCCGUCAGCCGCUGCCAAAUUGGUUAAAACUAUCUCUUAAGUCAAGGUGAGGGGACUCCGUGGUCAGGAAGGGACAGUAACGUUCUCCUGAGAGUUUUCUUGCUCCAGUAAUUUUAUUAUCAAUCUCCGAAAGACACAUUACCUUUAUGCUAUGAAGCUUUUGAGGAAGCCGCCUCUCAAUCUACCUUCUAUUGUGCUGUGGGUUUGUACAAAGCACAAUUCUGUAAUUGUAAAUGUUUCUUGGUUGCAGACAGCAAUAUGUACAGAUGAAGCAGGUGGGAUUUAUCAAUGUGGAGCUCCAGGAAUUGGCGUUGGUGGCGUUUUAAGGCAGGUUUUCGGUUCCUUGAAGGAUUUGAGUAUAACGGGCCUUCCCAGUGAGGUCAGCAGCCGUAAAUGUGAGCCAAUCAGGAGGUGCCGAGACGGCCUGGGACAAACACUGUGGUGCAAAAACUCCUGAUUUUGCCCAUUCACAACAUGACAGCCACACCUAUGAAUGACCCAUACCAGUUCAGCCUCGCGCGUGUCAGGCUACGGAGUUGCUUCUUUGACAUAACAUAUAUUUUUCUGAAUGAAGAGUGUUAUAUCACUUAGUCAGAGGGUUACAAAAACUUACUGUAUAUUAUAACACGUGUAAAUGUAUUUUCUAUAUAUUUGCUUCUAUUUGUGUACAGGUGUGUUCUAUUUUUCAAGACCCCACCCGUUUUUGGGGAGGUCUCAGCUAGGUCGGGGAUAGUGUCUUUGUUUACAUGUGUAACUACAGUAAUUUCUUUCAAAACACAAAAACUAACCUUGUGCCAAGCUUCCUACCUGCACUUUCAAGCAGUACUUGUAUUAUAUCUUUAGCUAAUCAGUAUAAUACUUCAGUAGACGCUGCAAUAGAGACUGGGGAGUGAUUUCCAGGUGGUACGUGUGAAAGGCACAGUGCUGCUUGGUUCUAAGGCGUGUUGUUAUCAUAUCUCAAGCUGUGCUGUAUUUACGGUUGGCUGGGAAACCAAUGACUUGCUGUUCUUGAAAUUCAUCUCGACAUUAAUUCUAAUAUACAGCGCUCCAUCCCACAAAUGAAAAAAAAAAAAAACAGUGUGAAUCCAGUAGCUGCCAAGAAACCGACGAAAGUUGAUCAAUACUGGGUUGUAUUAAUUUGUCAUAUUUAUCAUUUUGCUACAACUGCCCCACACAAUGUAUGAUAUUUCAUUCAUACUUUACUGUAAUGACUGUGAAGACUAAUAUUAGCAUUUAUGAGCAUAUGAAAUAAUCAGGGCGAGGCGGCUACAUGGGGAAUUGUGUAAGGAGGGCGGUGUGUGAAUUACUCUUUGUCUGCAUUUUCAUUUUUAAUGCAACAGAUAUAUUGACCUAUUUCAGAAAUGCCAAGAUCAGAUAAAAUGCAUUGAUGUGGAAACCCAUUCAACAAAGGAUGUAAAGGAUGAUUCUGGCUUAUUAUGACUUUGGCCUUAUUGUUUACCAUGUGAGCAUCUGUAGGCUGCGCUGGUCUUUUUUAGAUGUUUAAUCCACCACUGUGGUGCAGACUGAAAUAUCUCCAUUAUUAUUAGCAAACCCCCUGAAAAUGAAGUCUGGCAGGGUAAAAAUAAAAGCACACAACUGUGAUGAGUCAAACUUAAUCCUUUAAAGUGUGAUGGAUGUAUACAACAGAUACUUUGUGUAAGGAUUUUACUGUUUGCCCUCAUUUUCUCUGCUCAUGUUAUUUUUUGCCUCGUCAGACUUUGGUCUCAGCAAUUAACUCGGUGAGAUCAAUUUUAUCAUUAAUGAAAGGAAUGGCAUUUAGUGCUAAGUGUUAAAACAAGACCCAAGUUGCACUAAACCAGAAUUAUCCUUUGAAGCUUUCAGAGUGAAGACUGAGAGAUCUGUUCUCCCUAUCAUGAAGUACAGUCGUUCCCUGUUUCACCUGAACUCUCAGAAAAAUCAAGGAGGUACCUGUGGUUUCUGCACUAAUAACACUGUACCCAAUAAUUGUAAAAUAUAAAUGUUACCCAAUUGAAAAUCAUUGAGGUUUGAUACCAAGCUUAUGAUGAUUGUGUGAGACUGAGUUCUGAUUCUUUGAAACUUACAAAAUCAUAUGAUUGAAGCUUUUGUUUGAAUUUCAUUCUGUGUCUCAUACUGUGGGGUUUCAAGGGUUUUACUUCAGUUUGCCUUGUUUGCAUUGUUAGCAUUUCUCAUUAAGGUGGACAUGCCUUUAGUGAGCAGCUCUCGAUUCACCUCACAUUCCUGAAGGACAUUCAGACAAGGAAAAAUGUAAUUUGCAGCUUAUAAAUUUAUUCGGAGACAUCGGCAUACAUCAGCCUUUUCCCUUUUUCCCUUUGUCUGAAAUCAAACUGAUAUGUAAGGAAAUGCCUUACUGCUCUCUUGCCUUUUCAGUUCAUAUUUCUGGAUGGCUGAUGAGUGUGGUGCAUUAUAUAGCUAAGAGGGAGGAAAAUGAUUCCACUCGGCUGGUCAGAUUUGAUUCAGGAAAUAUUAUGUGAGAGCAGCGCAGGAGGAGAAGGCAGCAAGACGGGGGGGGGGGCUCGUAGGGAAGUCUUAAACAGACACCAAAGACUUGAUAUGCCUUUUUCACAACAUAUGAAUAUUUCGCGGCUGCCAUUUCUGUCUCUGCACCAACCCACUAAACCUAUGCUCCCUUCAGCACAAACAAGCUAUCAAUCAGCGAGGCUUUUCCUGUCAAGAUGAAGGAUGCGCUGCGCACUCGUUUGCAGAGGCUGUGAUUCCUGUUGGCAUGUCAGACAUACAGAGUGGAACUUAUUGACAUAUGUGUUGUUUGGAUUAGAUGCUGACUGAACAUCUCCAAGGCAGAGGUUUGUUUUUAGUUUUUUUUCCUCCAUAUCACCGGAAGCGUUCGCAUGAGGGGAGAGGAAUCAGUGUAUCGACCCUGUUUAAACAUGGCCUACAGGCGCCUGAUUAACCUAGAAACACGUCUCACAGCUGGCACCAUUGGUUACAUAGUGAAAAUAUUCAUAUAAGUCUAAACUGCAGGUUGCUCAAACAACAAGGCAAGACUCAGCAGGAAGAAUAAAAUAUUAGAUGUGACCAUGAAAGGUUAAACUCAGAGGAAAUGACAAAGUUUAUCUUCCUAGACUGAUGUGUAUCUUACUUAAUCCAUCUUUUAGGCAGAAAAAAAACUGUAGCUCCUCACUCUGCUUCUCUCAUCAUUUCAGAUAAAUCACAUACUGUGCGCUUACUGUAUCUAAAGCAGAGGGCUCGACUCUCCUCUGGGGUCAUGUUUUUACUUUUCUAUUCACAAGAGGUAAGGCGCUGUCGCUGUCCGUGCUUAUCAAUAUGUCAAAAAACUUGAAAAAGGGAAAAACAACACUUGGUUUGCGGCAUUUCAAUUCUCCCAUAAACCCUCUUGCUAGAUGGUGACUAGCUUUGCCAAAUCUGCUGUGGCAGCAUUCAAUCUGCGUAGAGGACCUCCGAUGCUGAGCGAUUCCUCCAGGACAAAGAUAUGAGUAACACUGCGCGGAGAUUUGGGAUAACAUGGAAAAUAUCAAUUUAUGGCGGGUCGCUCUUUAAAAGUUAAUCAAGAUUAAAAUGACCGGAGGUGUAAAAAAACACAUUCACUUUACAUUACAGGAAGUGUUAUAGAUUUUUUUCCCUUUGUUUUGAGGGGAGGGCGUUUCACAUGUGAACACAUUGAUUUGUUCAUUGAAAUUGACUUACAAUCACAAUUCAUACCAACCAUGAAGGAACUGACUCGAGUUGUGUUGUCGCCAUAAAAAUGAAGAGUUUGUACUUUGUGACUCUUAAACUUUUUAUAUUUGUGUUUAAUAUAUCAAUGAGUACCUCUGUUAACUUUUGUAUAAGACCUAUGAUUAUAGUAUAUACAAACACUUACACGCACCCACAUACACAUACACACACCUCCACGAAAAGGACUCCAGUCUGUCUCUGUGACGGCUAAAUGUUGUAUAACUUUUAUUUUGUGUCUUAUGAACCACAUCUCUUCCUUUUGUAGUUAUUGGUAAACGUUUCGAUUUCCAGGUGACUUUGAUUUGGUUACUCUUGUACUACUAAGCUCUGUAUUUGCAAGCACUGUAAAUGCGAUUCUCAUUGGAUUCGUCCUCUGUACAUUUAGUACUCUGAUGUUGCUAUUAAUAAAAUGUAAAACAACAUGGGCUUGUGCUAUAGGGAGUUUGUUGGACUGAG